CGUGCUUUCCCCUCCUUCCCGGCAUUUCUGUUUCCGCUUUCUGAAGGCUCUUUAGUUUUCCCACCUCUGUGAGACACUUCGCGCCCAGUGGUCCAGUGACGUCAUUUUUCUGCGCUGCGUGGACAACCACCGUUGGAAGAGGGAACUGCUUUGCCGCCCUUCGCUGCUUUUCUCGGGCUGCUGCUCAUCCGGAAUAAUGGCGCUGUCACUGUGGAAGGGGCUGGUAGGCAUUGGCCUCUUUGCCCUAGCACACGCGGCCUUUUCUGCUGCUCAGCAUCGUUCUUAUAUGCGAUUAACGGAAAAGGAAGAUGAAUCACUGCCAAUAGAUAUAGUUCUUCAGACACUUCUGGCCUUUGCGGUUACCUGUUAUGGUAUAGUUCAUAUUGCAGGGGAGUUUAAGGACAUGGAUGCCACUUCAGAACUAAAAAAUAAGACAUUUGACACAUUAAGGAAUCACCCAUCGUUUUAUGUAUUCAAUCAUCGUGGUAGAGUACUGUUUCGGCCUUCAGACACAACAAAUCCUUCAAAUCAAGAUGCAUUGUCCUCUAACACAUCGUUGAAGUUACGAAAACUUGAAUCCCUGCGUCGUUAAGAUUUUUACAAAUCAUAACAGUAUGGGACACAGAGUUGGAAUAUUGGAGUUUGGAGUAUAAAACACUCCCCCCAUAAGUAUUUAUAUUGAUCUUUUAGAUCUAACUAAAACAAGUCUGUGGCCCUUGUUUGUACACUGUAAUCAAAUUAUUUUUUUUGGAGAAUUUCAAGAUUUAUUUAUUUUUUUAAUUGAAUUUAUUGGGGUGACA